CUUUCCAUUCCGGUGUCGUAGUUCGUCUCGCGAGCUUCGCGGCGACGUCACGCACGUCGCACCGUUGCCGGUUACCGUGCCGCCCUGCGUCGUCCGAGGGUGGCCCCGCGUCGUCGCAGCGUCCUACGGGGUCGUCCACACGGGAUUGCGAUAACUCGGGCGUCGCGUCGCGCCGCGUGACACGUCUCACCCUUGCGACCGCGAGCGGAAUGCGCGCGGAUGAGUCGUCGCCGGCCUCGCGAGGGUUCAGACAUCGCCUCGGGCACACUUCCGGUAAACGCGGACCGGAAGGCGUAUCGCGCUGUUCGAACGUCUGGCAAUGUCGAUCGACGUUGAUCGAGAUGUGAUACGGUGUUGUUGAAGAAAACAUCAGUAAAACAUGAGAGGGUUGAUGAUUCAUGACGAGCAGCGGCGUUAUAAGUGAUUGUAGGAUGUUUGUGAAAACCGUAGAAGCUGUUCAGGCUCACGGAAGAGUAUUUAAAUCCGCGGACUGAAGCGUAAGAGAAUUAAUUAAUUAAUCGAGGGGUUCGCGUGUUAAUUUAAUAACUCGACUUUCGGCUGCCGUCUUGGUCAUUUGUGAAACUGAGUGAAAUUCCAUAUUGUGUGUGCGUUUAGUGGUUAUUAGAAAAAUGUGUCGAGUUUAGUGCGCGUUCUUAGCCUUCUUCAUUUGAUUUCGUCGAGUGGAAUCCUUAUUCCUGAAAACGAACGCUGGCAGCAACGUCUAGGAAAUAUUCGCAGAUGAUUGUACAAAGCGAUCGUAGUAGAACGAAGAAUGUAGGAGUUUCGCAAAUCAUUAUUUACGAGUGGGCAUGCUCGAGCGACUUAAUAAAGAUCGUGACAGUAACGGCUGCUUAUCCCGACGAUUAAUUUGAGGAAACGAUUAGCGAUCGAUCGUUCGUAAUAAACGAGCACCAAACGCGAAACAAGAUCACGACAAGAUGCUGCGAGGCAUUUUGGGUUGAGCCUGUACUGUUCGAUAAUUCUAGAAGUUCCGCGAAAACGAAAGGGUCAAUCGAGGUCCACGAUCUGCACGAAUGAGAAGCCCAGCGGGUCGGCGGGAGCAGAUCGACGGCGUUGCAAUUGAUCGCACGGGCGUAAAUGAGAGACGAUCGCCGAGGGUCGCGGAGGUGAUCCAUAGAUCGUGCCGGGCGUGAUCGGGCAGCUGCGGUAGCGCGAGGCGAGGGGUGGCAAGAUGGAACUCUUCCUGAUCCUCGUCUGCCUGAUCGCACCGCCCGCCCUCUCGCUUUCCAUCAAGAGCAAACUCAACCCUCGGAUCGUCCAGACGCGCUACGGCGAAGUGCAGGGCAUCACGAGGUCCUUUGAGUACCCCAAGUUCCUCAAGUCGAUCGACGUGUACCUUGGGAUACCAUAUGCGACACCACCGGUUGGCAGCAAUCGCUUUUCGCCAACGAGGGCGCCGAGUCCUUGGGAGGGUGUCAGAUUAUCGGACUCGGUGGGUCCAGUCUGUCCCCAAAAGCUGCCGGACAUCGCAAACGAGCAGGAAGCGCUCGAGCGGAUGCCUAAGGGAAGGCUAGAGUACCUGAAGAGACUGCUGCCUCAUCUGCGUAACCAGAGCGAGGACUGCCUCUACCUGAACAUCUACGCACCUGCGAUGGGCAUGGCGGAGGGUGGCAGGAAGCAUCCGGUGUUGCUAUACAUUCACGGUGAGAGCUACGACUGGGGUAGCGGAAACCCCUACGACGGCAGCGUCCUAGCCAGCUACACCGACCAAGUGAUCGUCACCAUGAACUACCGGCUGGGCGUACUCGGCUUCCUGAACGCCAACGUGUCGCCGCAGACCAAAGCAAGGGUUGCGAAUUAUGGCCUCAUGGACCAGAUCGCCGCUUUGCACUGGGUACAGCAGCACAUUGCUCUCUUCGGAGGUGAUCCCGACAACGUCACCUUAAUGGGCCAAGGCACCGGAGCCGCUUGCGUGCAUUUUCUCGCCAUCAGCCCUACCGUUAUACGGGGACUGUUCAAGCGAGCUAUACUGCUGUCGGGUAGCGCCCUUUCAUCCUGGGCGGUAGUCGAAGAUCCUGUGUCGUACGCUUUGAAACUAGCCAAGGCUGUCAACUGCUCCAUUCCCGACGAUCUACUCAAGGACAAUGAGUUAAUAGUCGAUUGUUUGAGGGAGAGUAGUCUAGAAGAGCUAAUGCAAGUCGACAUUCAGCCGCCGACGUUUCUUAGUGCGUUCGGCCCAAGUGUAGACGGUGUCGUCAUAAAACCAGAUUUCCAGAAGGAUCUCUUGUCCUAUCUCGGCCCAGAGUUUCAAGGGUUCGGGCCUCUUCCAAAAAAAGCUGAACACGGUGCUCCUAUCACGAGUAACAACAAAUACGAUUUGUUGUUUGGUGUGACAACGAGUGAAGCGUUAUGGAAGUUUGCAGAGAAAGACGUUCUACAAGGAUUCGAAGGAGAAAGGAGAGAUAGAAUCAUCCGCACGUAUGUGAGAAAUGCUUACGUCUACCAUCUCACCGAAAUAUUUUAUACGGUGGUGAACGAAUACACCGACUGGGAACGAACGGUUCAGCACCCCGUCAACACGAAGGACGCGUGCGUGCAGGCGUUAAGCGACGCGCAGUUCGUGGCACCACUCGUGCAAACUGGGGAUCUCUUCACCCUGAGGCACACGAAAAAACCGAACAACCCUCACAUCUCGCCCAUCCCGGACAGCGAGAAGGAACCGAUGCCCAAGACCUACUUUUACGUGUUCGACUACCAAAUGAAGGACGGCGAUUAUCCUCAGAAGAUGGGCUCGGUGCACGGCGAAGAACUUCCGUUCGUCUUCGGGGCGCCAUUGUGGGUCGAGGGAUUUGGUCAUUUUCCAAAAAACUACACGAGACUGGAAAUGGCGCUCUCGGAGAGUAUCAUGCAGUAUUUUGCAAACUUUGCGAAGACCGGAAACCCGAACAUUAUCGAUCAUCAUGGAAGAAACGACACUCUUUUGCCGGCUAGUAGGGAAAAGAGCCGAUUUCGCAGUUUGUCCUGGGAGCAGUACGAUCCAGUGCAUCAAAAGUACUUGGAAAUCGGAAUGAAACCGAAGAUGAAGAAUCACUACAGGGCGCAUCAGCUCUCGGUAUGGCUGCGCCUCGUCCCAGAGUUGCACCGUGCCGGGAUGGAAGAUGUCGAUUCCAGGCACAACCUGUUCCGCAGUCAUAGCGAUCCCAGCUUGUACGACGGCUUCGUAAGGCCGGAUCCUCUCAGCAGGAUCAGCGAGGAGUUCAAGAGGAAGAACUUCAGCACGGAUCCGCCGACCACGACGGACUACAGCAUCACGACAUGCGUCAGCCUUAUCCAGAGCACCAAUCUCCAGAACGUCCAUAACGCUAGCACUGACACUUUAGCCAGUUUGGACGCAGCUGGUUAUGCGGCGUAUUCGACGGCUUUGAGCGUGACAAUCGCGAUCGGCUGCAGCUUGCUGAUCUUGAACGUCCUGAUAUUUGCGGGCGUCUAUUAUCAGAGGGAUAAAACGCGGCUCGAGGUGAAGAGCCUUCAGCAGCAACAGAUGUUGAAUCAACAAUGCGGUCCUCGCGGUUUCACUGAGCUGAAACAACCGCCGCCUCCGCACUCUCAUUACGCCGGUGGAGGCCAAGUGAUCGUCGACGUUGAGAAUGAAAUGUUGAGAAGAAAUGUAAUGAAAGGACCGCCCGGCGAUUCUAACGCUCCUUUCCAAGGCCAAGGAACUCAUACACUGCCUCAUCAACAUCAUUACCAAAAACAGCAUCAGCAGCAGCACGCAACUCUUCCUCGAACUUCAGUCAUUCAAGACAUAAACACGCAAACUCAAGGUCCUCCGAACGGGUCCAUCCACUUGACGGUUCCGCGGGCACCCCCGCCACCCAGGGCGAAGAGUCCACCGGAGAAUCAGCCACUUCUGCAAAGCGCAACGGUGUCGAGUCGCGUGUCACAGGCGACGAUGAGCGAGAUGCGAGUGUGAUGCUUGGACCCCCCUCCGAAGCCAGUCGUCCCAGAUGUCCUCACGGCAUCGACCUUGCUAUAGGUGGCUCGCCGCGGAUCUGCUCAAGUAGCCCUGAAGGGCUGCUAUCGGCUCCUGAAAUGAGCCGACGCAGAUUAUCCCGGGGAACGUGAGCUCCGGACGAACGGAGGGGGGUGCUGGAGAAGAGUUCCUCACUGCUGAGGGGUGGUCGAGCCGAGAUUGCGUCUACCGAGUACGAAAGAGAGAGAGGAAUGGGAGAAACGCCGAAAUUGUAUAAAUCAGAAAUUAAAUAAAGAUAUGUAGAUUUUUAAUCAUUUAAAAUUCGCAAAUACAAACUCUCAAAACACGUUUCUGCGAAACGAAACGGAAAUCACUUGUGCACAAUCAAAACAGUUAAUAAAACAGUAUCUAGAAAUUUUUUGAGGAAAUAUAUAUGUCGACGAAAAACUUUUUAAUUUUAGAAACCAAACUGUAAUGAACUAUAACUGCAACAAUAAUUGUAAUGAACAAAAAGAAAGCAGAAUAGAAGAGCCGUUCCGUUUGAAGCUCUCGAUUUGCAAUAAUCGGUAGACGCGUCGGAACGUUCACGAGGUCAAGCAGCAAGAAAGGAAAACGGCGAAUCUCAGGACAGUCGUCCUGAGUCAAUCGAAACUUCAAUCAAAUUUUCGCGCAAAGGAAUCAAACGUGACGCAUUCCGCUAGUUAGUCGAUAACAAAAGAAUCUCUAAUCGUUAAAGGCGAAUGAAGGAAAGAAUAUGGUGGACGGCUCAAUAUGAAUCGAUGCUCGGCGAUGAAGACACAUGUGUAAAAAAGAAAUACUAGCCACUACGAUGUUAGAUGUUCCUUGUACAUAAUACGAAUUUAUACCGUAAGGGGA